GCAAAGCAUCCAGUGCUAUUUCUCCAAGACUGAUUCUUUAAAAGAGUCACCCCAAGAGCUUCAUUAGCACGUGCCGCAUAGCAAGCACAACGUUUCAAAAACACUUCAAAAACACAACUGUACAACCCAUUGAAGACACUGUAUGUCUAUCCCUCACAGCCUCGUUUUCAUUCCCGUCAAAGGUGGUGCAGUUAGCCCCAUUGUCAUAACAUGACGGACGAUUUACACAAUUCGUCAUUCUGGUUCGGCGACGACUGCACCAUCUAUCCGAAUAGGAACAAUCGACAGAUUGCUCUUUUCCUCCUUUAUUUGGUGCUGUUCAUGGUGGGCUUGGCCGAGAACAGCCUGGUGGUGUGGGUGAACUGGCAAAGGAGACACUCGGCUAAUGGUGUGCUCUUCUGCGUUAUCAAUGUGAGUUUGUCUGACUUGAUGGUGGUCUUCACCAUGCCCUUCUUCAUGCUGGAAAUGACCAUGGACAAGGUUUGGGUGUGGGGACGCUUCCUUUGCAAGGUCACGCAUCUUGUAUACGUCAUCAACUUCUACAGUAGCUCCUUCUUCCUGGCCUUCAUGACUUUGGAGAGGUACCUCUCCCUGACGUGGCCCAACGCGCCUGCCUGCUUUCCGCCGCAGAACAAACGUCGCUGGUUGCUCUGCACUGGAAUUUGGCUGCUGUCCCUUGUGCUGGCCUUAUUGGAGAAUGUACACGUUGAUCUUUUAGAAUGGGAUGAGCCAGGCUGCUACAUGAUUCCCGAGCAGUACUACACGGAAUGGUUUGUGUCCGUUUCUUUCCUGUGUCUCAUUUUCCAGUUCCUGGGCCCAGCAUCUGUCAUCAUAACCUGCAACGUUUUGAUUGCCCGAGCAGUCCGCACAGCUCCAGAGGUCCAAAACCGCCAGGACGUUUGGUUGGUCCAUGUGUACUCGUUGGUGUUUGUGGCCUGCUGGUUACCGUACCAUUUGGUGUUGUUCAUGUUGACAGUGGAUGACCUGGAUCCACACCUGUUCUCCUGCAACACUUUGGAGGUGCUAUUCUUCUCGUUUAGCAUCGUGCAAUGCUUGUCUCUCUUUCACUGCAUCGCCAACCCAAUCCUCUACAACUUCCUCAGUAAGAGCUUCCGCAAUAAUCUAAUAAACACAGUGAUCAGCCGUAUCUCUUCACUGUCAGCUAGCAUGCCAGCUAACGAUGUGGCAGUGAAUGCAGGGAUGACAGCGGAAAAAGAACGAAAGCUCAGUAACGCCAGCACUAGUCACUCGGAAAUUGGAGCUUGAAGAGGAAAACUCUGUACAAUUCAGUAGAGCACUACCUGAAUGGUGAUUUGAUGAACAUUCUAAAUUACUAGGGAAAAAGGAUAUUUAAAAUGUCCUUGUUGAAGGUGCCAAAUAGCAACAGUUCAUGCUUUUUGGCUGGUUGCCUGGUAGCUAGCCAUAUCGUCUCCUGUUUUUCUCACCUCAGUAUUGUUAAGAGUACAAGGAAGGAAGCCUCUCAUAACCUUCAUUUCCACCAAUUCCUCUGAUCAUAUCUAAGAACUCCUAUAAAUAUGUAAUAAAAGUUCUGUCCACAUGCCAAGGUUUGUUGAAAAAAACAGUUUUGAUUGUUAUAUUAAACUCGAAAUUUUUAAUUUAGGUUACACCAGCGUCCACAUGCUCAAAAUGAAACAUCUAAUGCUAUUUAAAUGGCCUUUGAGCUCUAAUAUUUCGUUUGUACAUAUUGUUGGAUGGAUAAGGAAUAUCACUUAAAUGGAAUCAAAUUUGUUUAAAAAAAAAAAAAAAAAGAAGUCUUUUAACAUAUGUUUCUAUAUAACUGUUAAAGGGGUACAUUUGUCCAGAAAACAGCAAGGGUAAGAACUUUGCUAAGAUCAAAAUGUAUGACAAUGUAUGUCAAAAUGUAUGCCAUUAGGACAUGCUGUUCCAAUAUCUGAAAAGAAUGUUGCUUUCUGAUAUGAUUUCUGUCUAAUAUACACUAAUCAGCCACAACAUUAAAACCUGCCUAAUAUUGUGUAGGUCCCCCUAAUG